AUGGUUGCAAUCAAGCAGGCUUCUUUGCUCUCCACCCUCCCUCUUCUGCUGGCUGUUUCCAGCCAGGUCCUUGCCUCUCAGGAGUCAGAAUACCUCGACCUUGUCUCCCGAGACGAAGGCGCUGUCUACGAGCGCGCCUAUGACGAGGAGAUUUACGAGCGCGAUGUCGAUGAUGAGCUUUACGAGCGCGACUUCGAUGACGAGCUUGAUGAGCGUGACUUCGAUGAUGAGCUCGACGAGCGUGAUUUCGACGAAGACCUUGACGAGCGUGAUUUCGACGAUGAGCUCUACGAGCGCGAUGAAGACGAUCUCUACCUGGAGGUACGAGGCGGUAUGCUCUCCAAGCCUAAGAAGGAGAAGCCCAAGAUCAGCAAGCCUACCCUCCAGGGCGGCUCCAACCCCGUUGCUAUGAAGGACAAGGAUCUUAAAUCAAGCAACCGUCACUCUGCCACAUCGAUGGAGGUCCCCAUCAAGUUUGUUACCAACAAGCACGGAAAGCGUGCUUAUCUGCAAGCCCGAGGCGGCAUGCUUUCCAAGCCUAAGAAGGAGAAGCCCAAGAUUAGCAAGCCUACCCUCCAGGGCGGCUCCAACCCCGUCGCUAUGAAGGACAAGGACCUCAAGUCUAGCAAGAACCGUCACUCUGCCACAUCGAUGGAGGUUCCCAUCAAGUUUGUUACCAACAAGCACGGAAGGCGUGCUUACCUGCAAGCCCGAGGCGGCAUGCUUUCCAAGCCUAAGAAGGAGAAGCCCAAGAUUAGCAAGCCUACCCUCCAGGGCGGCUCCAACCCCGUCGCUAUGAAGGACAAGGACCUCAAGUCUAGCAAGAACCGUCACUCUGCCACAUCGAUGGAGGUCCCCAUCAAGUUUGUUACCAACAAGCGCCACUAA